CACUAUUACACAUUGAGGUUGGGUUGAGUAGUAAAGCACUGUAGUGAAAUCGUGAGUUAUCAACUUUUUUGACAUGUCUACAUUUUAACUUUUAAAACUGAUAUUUAAAGGUCAGCUAGUUUUUAAGAUAGAAAGUAACUGAGGCUAAUUUGAACAAAAAUAAAAUCUAGAAGAUUAUAUGUGUCUGAUUGUAUACUUUUAAAUCCUUCAGCACUGCUGUAAGUGAAAUAACGUCAGUGUCCACUGAUGAAAGCAUCGAUGAAACCAGCAACAUAAAAAACAUUACUCGGACGAUUGUGUCAACCUUUGCAUUUAGGAUUUUCGGGAUUUUGUUGGUCUUUGUGGACAUGUUUCUCAUCGUUUCGGAUCUAAUCAUCACUGAUGUCAAAAUUGGUUUUGGAUGUCGUGCAAUUUCUUUGGCUAUUGCAUUAUUUUUUUUAUUUGAUGUUCUACUCAGAGUAUACUUAGAAGGGAGUCAUCAGUAUUUUUCUGAUUUUCUUAACACCUUGGAUGCCGCCAUUAUUGUGAUAACUCUGAUGAUUGAUGCCACUUACUUCUUUUUCGAUGUUAAUUUUCUUAAGAAUUUACCAAGACUGGCAGUCCUCUUCCGUCCUCUACGGCUUAUAAUUUUGAUAAGAGUUUUCCAUCUGGCUCAUCAAAAAAGACAACUUGAAACGCUGACCAGAAGACUGGUUUCAGGAAACAAAAGACGAUACCAGAAAGAUGGAUUUGACCUAGAUCUCACUUAUGUAACAGAGCGUAUUAUUGCCAUGUCAUUUCCAUCUUCUGGAAGACAAUCAUUCUAUAGGAAUCCAAUUAAGGCAAUUGUGAGGUUCCUGGACACCAAACAUCCAGACCACUACCGAGUUUACAAUCUAUGCAGUGAAAAAGGCUAUAACCCCAAGUAUUUUCAUAACAGAGUGCAUAGAAUUAUGAUUGAUGAUCAUAAUGUCCCUUCACUGAGUGAAAUGGUGGAGUUUUCUAAAGAAGUCACCAAAUGGCUGGAUGAAGACAAGGAAAAUGUUGUAGUGAUUCACUGUAAAGGCGGCAAAGGAAGAACUGGGACCAUGGUCUGUGCCUGCCUUAUCUCCAGUCAGCUCUUUUAUACUGCAGAGGAUAGUCUGUCUUUCUUUGGACAUCGGCGAACUGAUCAAACCAGUAGCACUAAAUAUCAAGGAGUAGAAACUCCUUCUCAAAAUAGAUACGUUGAAUAUUUUGAAAAAGUGAAACAUGUGUAUCAUUGGGAUCUCCCUCCAAGAAAAAUACUGAAGCCGAACAAAAUUAUUAUCUAUUGCAUUCACAGUGUUGGAAAAGGUGAUGGAAGUGACCUAAAUGUUCAAGUGCUCGCAAAGCAAAAUUUAAUUUAUUCAUGUUCUUCCCAAAAUUGCAAGAUAUUUCAUGACAUUGAAAUGGACAGAGUGAUCAUUGACUUGUCCAACUGUCCAGUUGUUUAUGACGAUGUGAAAAUGAGAUUUCUCUCAAAGAAACUACCCAACUACUAUGACAAAUGUGCAUUUUUCUUUUGGUUUCAUACAUCUUUCAUACAAAACAACAGGCUGUACCUACAAAGAAAUCAACUGGACAAUCCUCACAAACCAAAAUCAUGGAACAUUUAUCACUCCCAAUUUGCAGUGGAGGUUUAUUUUGAUAAGACCUGAGCUGAAGUUACAGCUGAGACCGGUUGAAGCAGCAUAAAACUGUAUUUUUACAAACCCUCACACAUUGAUAUCUUCCCAAACCUUCAAACAUGUAUAUAAAAGUGUAUAUAGUUCGAGAA